UUAUAUGUAUAAAACAAGCAAACGCUUAUUAAUUUAAUAAUAAAUUUUAAAACUAUAUUUUACAUAAAUCAUAAAACAGCCAUAUAUGCGGCUGCUGUGAUAUAUUGUCUAUGUGGCCGUUUAAUUAUGUUUGGGAAGAUGAAGAUCCAGAUCCGACACCUAACACGGUAGUUCGUGAACCGAUGUUCGAGUUUUGGGUUCACGUGUACAAAAAGGAGCGAAAAUAUGUAAAUUUGAGCGAUCGGGGGACGGAAAUACAAACUAAGAGUUGGAUGGAAAAUUGCAUGUCAAAACUUCGUCCCAGGACUCCACCUGGUAUGUGCGUAGUAAUGGAAAAAAAGCUGAUAAAAAAGUGUUUGAUUACAAUCUAUAAGAAAAAAAGAAUUUAUAUCCCAGUUAAAUUUCAAGAUGAAAACGUAUCAGUGAUCAGUCAACAGCCGACUGCUUCAGAAAAAUAAGCACUGAUUGAUUCGAUUUAUCUGCAGGUAUUUACGUUAUUAAAAAAAAUUAUUGUAUUGAAGUCAAUAAAAUGCGAAGAUUUAUUUAAAAUAUAUAAUAUAUAUUAUAUGAAAUAA